AUGAAUCAAGAUAACGUAGAAAUUGGUAUUCAACAAAUCGUUAUGACCCCAGAGAUGUUACAGCAACUUAUACAAGGAAUGACCUUGAGUCCGAACGUUAAUGUCCAAAACCUUGAAAGAGGAAAUUUUGCCAAAUGUAGUGCACGUUAUAACGGUGAACAAGGCACCGACGUUAAUGCUUUUAUCGAUUCUAUUCUUGUAUACAAAGACUGCGUAAACAUAUCAGAAGAAAAUGCUCUUAAGGGUUUACCAAUGUUACUGGAACAUAAAGCUGGAAUUUGGUGGCAGGGUGUUAAAGAAAGUAUCAGUUUUUUUGAUGCAGCGAUUGAAGCUUUAAGAUGUGCUUUUGGACAUGAAAUACCUCCAUACCAAAUAUAUAGAGAAUUGUUUUCCAACGAACAAAAAGAAUAUGAGACCUUUUUUACGUAA